AUGGCGCGGCGGGUGCGGCCGUCGCACCUGGUGCUGGCGCUGGCGGCGGCCUACCUCCUCCUCAUCUCCCUCAAGUUCCGCCGCGUGCUGGACCUGGCCGCCGCCGACCUCGCGGGGGACCCCGCCGCCGCCUUCUCCUCGCCGUCCUCCUCCGACCACCUGCCCUCGCCCGGGUCCGUCUCCUCCUCCUCCUCCGCCUCCACCUCCUCCGACGCCUCCACGGCCUCCCCGUUCCCGGUCCGCCCCUUCUGGCACCGCUACGACCGCGUGUCCCUCCCGGACCUCGCGUCCCGCAACCGCUCCGCGCUCGACCGCAUGGCCGACGACGCCUGGGCGCUCGGCCUCACCGCCUGGGAGGAGGCCGCCGCCUUCGCGGGGGACCCCUGGGCGCUGCUGGCCGCCGCCACCUCCCGCGCCUCCGACGCCGCCAAGUGCCCCUCCGCGGUGUCCCAGCGCGCGCGGGGCCGGGUCGUCUUCCUCCCCUGCGGCCUCGCGGCCGGGUCGUCCGUCACCGUCGUCGGCACCCCGCGCGCCGCGCACAGGGAGUACGUGCCGCAGCUCGCGCGGAUGCGGCAGGGGGACGGCACCGUCAUGGUGUCCCAGUUCGUGGUCGAGCUCCAGGGCCUGCGCGCCGUCGACGGCGAGGACCCGCCCAGGAUACUCCACCUCAACCCCAGGCUCAGGGGGGAUUGGAGCCAGCACCCGAUCCUCGAGCACAACACCUGCUACAGGAUGCAGUGGAGCACCGCGCAGCGCUGUGACGGCACGCCAUCUGACGACAAUGACGACAAAGUCGAUGGAUUCCCCAAAUGUGAGAAAUGGAUACGCAAUGACAUUGUUGACACCAAGGAGUCCAAGACAACUUCAUGGUUGAAAAGAUUCAUAGGGCGUGCAAAGAAGCCUGCAAUGACAUGGCCAUUCCCCUUUGUAGAGGAGAGGCUAUUUGUUUUGACUAUCCAAGCUGGAGUUGAAGGUUUCCACAUUUACGUUGGUGGUCGACAUGCGACAUCUUUUCCUUAUCGACCAGGGUUCACUCUUGAAGAUGCAACGGGAUUAUUUGUUAAGGGUGAUGUAGAUGUACAUUCAGUUUAUGCCACUGCUCUUCCUAUGUUGCAUCCUAGUUUUUCUCUUCAACAAGUCCUUGAGAUGUCAGAAAAGUGGAGGUCUCGGCCACUACCAAAAGGUCCUGUUUCCCUUUUCAUUGGAAUAUUGUCUGCAUCAAAUCAUUUUGCUGAGCGCAUGGCUGUGAGAAAAACAUGGAUGCAGACUCCAGAAAUUAAGUCUUCUGAAGCAGUGGCUCGAUUCUUUGUUGCACUGAAUUCCAGGAAAGAGGUCAAUGUAAUGCUGAAGAAAGAAGCAGAAUACUUCGGAGACAUUGUCAUUUUGCCAUUUAUAGAUCGCUAUGAGCUGGUUGUUCUUAAGACAAUUGCUAUUUGUGAGUAUGGGGUCCAGAACUUGACUGCUGCAAACAUCAUGAAAUGCGACGAUGAUACAUUUGUGAGAGUAGAUGUGGUUCUGAGACACAUAAAGUUGCAUAGUGACAGCAAACCAUUUUAUAUGGGGAACCUUAACCUCUUGCAUAGACCAUUGAGAACUGGAAAAUGGGCAGUUACCGAUGAGGAGUGGCCUGAGGAUAUCUACCCGCCAUAUGCAAAUGGACCAGGCUAUGUGAUUUCUGGUGACAUAGCAAAAUUCAUCGUGUCACAGCAUGCCAAUCAGAGUUUAAGACUGUUUAAGAUGGAAGAUGUAAGUAUGGGUCUAUGGGUUGAGAAAUUCAAUGCAACAAAGCCUGUCCAAUAUUCCCACAGCUGGAACUUCUGCCAGUAUGGUUGCGUGUUCAACUACUACACAGCCCACUAUCAGUCACCUAGGCAGAUGCUGUGCUUGUGGGAUAAGUUGAUCCGUGGUCAGGCUGAUUGCUGUAACUACAGAUAG